CUUUGUUGUGUUCCUCUCUAUUUGCUUUAAGAUGACCGCUGAUGCCACCUCUUCCUAUCCCGGAGAAGGUUGGGGUGGUAACCGAUGCUACGCGCGUCGGCGGUCGGACCAUCCAGGAACUACUCGGCGGCUUCCCCUCUCCUCCUCUUCUUCGCCUCCCCUUUCUCCACCACUGCCUCCGCCACCGCGUCUUCCGUCGCUUCCACAGCCCCUAAUCGCUUCGCCAUGUCGCGUCCCCUCAGGAUCGCGGUCGUCGGAGACGUGCACGAUUACUGGGAAUUGGAAGAAGACUCAAAAGCUCUUCAUUUUCUACAGGCAGAUUUGGUACUCUUCACAGGUGAUUUUGGAAAUGAGAAUGUUGAACUUGUUAGAAGCAUUUCAAGUCUUAAGUUUCCAAAAGCAGCAAUUUUGGGGAACCAUGAUUGCUGGACUACUCAAAAGUUUUCAGAGAAGAAGACUGACCGAGUCCAUCUUCAGCUAGAGUGUUUUGGAGAUGAGCAUGUUGGCUACUGUCAUUUGGACUUUCCAAUGUUAAAGCUCUGUGUUCUUGGGGGACGUCCGUUUUCUUGUGGUGGUGACAGAUUAUUUCGACCGAAGCUUCUUUCUUCUAGGUAUGGGGUCAAUGAUAUGGAACAAAGUGCAAAGAAAAUCUAUGAAGCUGCUCUUGGGACACCCGAAGGACAUAGUGUUAUAGUUCUUGCACAUAAUGGUCCUACAGGAUUAGGAUCAAAAGUAAGUGAUAUAUGCGGAAGAGAUUGGAUUUUUGGUGGUGGUGACCAUGGCGACCCAGAUCUUGCCCAAGCAAUAUCUGACUUGCAGAGAGACACACAGAUUCCGAUCCCUUUGGUCAUAUUUGGCCACAUGCAUAAGGCACUAGCCUAUGGAAACGGACUUCGGAAGAUGAUUGCAGUCGGUGCCGACAACACCAUUUAUCUGAAUGCUGCUAUCGUGCCAAGGGUGAAACAUAUACUGGUAAAUGGCUCAGGAAGCUCGAUGGAAGAACAAAAUCAGUUCCAAACUUCCGAAAACGGGACCGUUCGUGCAUUCACCAUUGUUGAGUUUCUGGAUGGCCAGGUGGAAAAAAUCAUGGAGACCUGGGUUUUAGUGGCUGGCGAAAAGAUUGAACUUGAUCGUGAGAAUGUUCUGUUUCAGAAACAGUAAGCAAAUUCCUUGGCAAUGGAAACCAGCACAUUGGUUCUUCUGCGUUGAAGCGAAACCCCAAGUGUUUCUAAUGGCUUGUUGUAUGUGGACAAUAGGUAUAAACGAGGAACAUGUUCAGUUAUAUGAACAUGCUUCAUGCCAGUUUAUAUAAUAUCAUCUAUUCUUGUUUGGCCUUU